UGCGAGCAAAGAUCCAUGUGUAUCUUAUAUUACCACUUUAUUUCUACAGACAAUUGUACUAGUUCAAAUUUCAACAAUUUACGAGUAGAGUUUGGUUUGGGACACUGAUUGUAGUGUAUUUCUACUGACAAUGUCGACAGUUGGCUUUUCUUUUAUUGUCAUUAAAACAUAUUGAAUAUAUACACAUUUUUAUGUAAUUUUUUUGUAGAUCGCAUCGAAACAACGCGUUUUUAUCGGCAAUUAAUUUGUUUUGUGUGUUUUAUUGUUAAAAAGGUGAUUAUUUAUUAAAUAUAUAAACAAAAUGAGUAAAAGAAAUUAUAAAAGAUUAAUUAAAAAACAAAAAAUAUUGUAUAAAAACAGAAGUUUGCAAUGUGAACAAGAAAAUAGUGAAAGUGAAUUUGUGUCAAACGGUGGAGAUUUUAUAAAUGAUUUCGUGGAAAAUGGAAUGGAAGAUUUUGCAGUUCCGAAAUUAAUGUUGCGGGACAAACUUAAAAAGUGGUGCAUGGAAACGAAUCCUUCAAAGAAAUGUUUGGAAAGUCUUUUAUCAAUAUUAAAGGAAGAAGGUCUAGAUGUUCCGCUCACUAGAGAGACUUUGGUGGGCAGAGCAAAAAAUAUGUUAACGAGAAAUGUUGCCCCUGGAAUUUAUUGUCAUAUUGGCAUAGAAAAACAACUACGAAAAGUUGGUCACAUUUUGGAAAAGUAUGAGGAAGUCGAACUAGAUAUAAAUAUCGAUGGAAUUCCACUGUUCAAAAGCUCUCGUGUGCAAUUGUGGCCAAUCCUUUGCAGAAUCGUUAAUAUUCAGGAGAAAACAAAACCGUUUGUUGUUGGAUUAUACUUGGGAAACACCAAGCCGGGUAGUGUGAAUGUGUAUUUGAAAGACUUCAUUGAUGAAGUGAUUCUACUAAAAGGUCAGUUUAUCAUACAACAAAAACAUUUAAAAUUGAAGUUUCGUUGCUUAAUAUGUGACGCACCAGCAAAAGCUUUCGUUUGUGGAGUUCCUGGACAUACAUCAACACAUGGCUGCACCAAGUGUACUCAAAUUGCGAAGAAGGUAAACAAUGUCUUGACUUAUAGUAGCGAGAGUGGUUCCCUAAUCUCCGAUGAGGACUUUGCUGUGCGAAAGUAUCCAUGCCACCAUUCCCAAAUGUUCAAAGAAGAAAAAACUCCUCUCGAAGAAAUUGGAUUUGGUAUGAUAAAUCAGACUCCUUUAGAUAGCAUGCAUCUCAUUGACCUCGGAGUCACCAAAAAAAUGCUAACCAGAAUAAUGCAUAAUAAAACUGAAAAGAAAACCUCAAAACAAAAUAUUUCAAAAAUAUCUUCUGAAUUGGUGAAAUUUAAAAAAUACAUUCCAAGGGAAUUCCCAAGAAAACCCAGGCCUUUAGAUGAUCUUUGUCAUUGGAAAGCGACUGAAUUUCACCAGUUCCUUGCUUAUACAGGAAUUAUUGCUCUUUAUAAUAAUGUACACGAAGAUAUUUAUUAUGAAUUUUUAACUUUACAUUGUGCUUAUCGACUUCUUAACAAUGCACGACAUAUGGAUCAAAAUAUUGUUCAAGCUAAUAAUUUGCUUCAAUUAUUUGUCGAGAACUUCUCAACUGUAUUUGGUUCGAACAGCAUUUCUUUUAACGUUCAUAAUCUGCUUCAUUUGGCUUCUUGCGCAGAAAAGUAUGGUCCCCUUAUUUCGUUUUCUGCAUAUGCAUUUGAAAAUAAACUGCAAACACUGAAAAAACAUGUUCGAAAACCAUCACAUAUCUUUCAACAAAUUAUUCAAAAGGAAAAAAAUUGCAUGAUUGUCAACACUAUUCAGGAUGGGUUAAAAUAUGAAAAAGGUGUUAUCGUUGGAGCUUUUGUAAAUGAUUGCUACAUAUCCUGCAAAGAACCAGAUAAUAUUUGCGCGGUGAAUUCAUGCAUUCCAAUAAAAAUUGAUAAUAUAAAGAAAAAGGGCGAAAUAUAUAUUGAAGGCAGUCGAAUUUUGGCAUUAGAAAGUUUCUACGAAGAACCGGUGAAUUCUUGUGAGAUUGGUAUUUUCAAAACGAAUCUGACUCUAGGGGAAAAAGAGACAUUUUGUAUUAAAGACAUUCAGUUCAAAUUUGUAUGCUUGCCAAUUGAUUCUGAUUUUGUAAUCGUGCCCAUUUUACAUUCCUGCUUUCCAGAGAAAUAUCAAGCACAAAUUUUUACCUCCUAAGUACACAACUCCCGCACAUAAACAUGUCGAACGAAAAUGCCAACCCUUCCAAAGGAAAAAUGAAAUAUUUUGCUCCACAAGGUAAUCUCCAAAGAUUAUCACUAAAUUUUUAACAGUAUAACAAAAUUGAGUUCAUAUUUUUGAUAGCUAAUGCAAAAUGUUCUUCCUGCCAAGAAAAUGCCAGAAAACUAGACACGAUUAUUGAUAUUUUGGCGGAGCAUAAAGUUUUACUGGAUCGUGUUAUUUCUCAGAACGCAUUUGUGGACAAUAUUAUGACAAUUUUUCCAAUUGAAUCGGAAGAAAACUUCGAGAAUUUGAUCGAAUUCUCGCAACACAAGCAGAUCUAUAUGUACGUAUCUGCGUUUUGGGAAUAACAAAUUCAUAACUAAAACAAUUUUUACAAUUGCAGACUCGACAAAUGAAAAAUCUCAUUGCAGGUAACGCUGAACGUAAUUUGCAUAAAGUAUUUGGAAGAAAUAUUAUUAUGGAUUUUAAUGUUGACGGAACUUUCGGGAAAAAAGGUCUACGAGAUUUUGGUAAUGUACUUGCCGCCAUAAUAGAAGUUAUAUCAACAUUUAAUAAAUUACCUGACAAGACUUUACGAGCAGCGUUCCAACGCCAAAAGAAAAAGUAUUUUAAGAUCAACAAACGAAGCAGGCGCACCGAAGAAAAGGAACAAGAUGAAAAUGAUGAAGAACCACAAAUUUAACUGAAUGUUUUUAUGUUAUACUAUAUAAUUUUAAAAUCCUAGUUCUAACACUAUUCAGUUUUAUUAAAAAUAAGACAAGGUUUGGCCAGCCUUGAAAAAAGUGAGCUAUAUAUGUAA